AUGGAUGUUUCUCUGGACGCCAACAUUCUCGACCAGCUCAAUACUACUGAGACUAAAGCCCUACACGAUAUAAGCGAUAGUCUGAGUGCUUGCGGCGUCGGUCGUAUCGUCAACCUUCCGCAAAUCAUUGUUGUUGGCGAUCAGUCAGCUGGCAAAUCAUCCGUUCUUGAGGCUAUAUCCCAUGUUCGCUUUCCCGUUCAAGGAAAUCUCUGCACAAGAUUUGCAACGGAGUUGAUUUUCAGGCGCGCUAAUGAGACUCGAAUCGAUGUCAGCGUCAGAUUUGCAGACAGAUCGAAACCAGCAAAGAAAUUUCAGAGAACUGGGUUUCGCGAGGAUGAUUUGGGCGACAUCAUCACGGAAGCCAAGGAGUGCAUGGGCUUUAGCAAGGCUGGGAUGGAGUUUUCCAAGGACGUGCUCCGUCUCGAAAUUGAAGGGCCAAAGAUGUACCCACUGAGUCUCGUUGACCUUCCAGGAUUCUUUCAAGUGGACACCGAAAACCAGUCAUUCAGUGGUAAAGAAACGGUCGACCAACUUGUUGAGAGCUACAUGCGUCAGAAGAAUAGCAUUAUUCUAGUGGUUAUCACUGCGAAUAAUAACCUUGCCAACCAUUUAGCCCUCCAGAAAGCUAAGAGCAUCGAUCCGGAACGACGACGAACCAUUGGUGUCAUCACCAAGCCUGAUCUGACUCGUCCUGGUUUUGAUGCUGAAAAGGAAUACAUCAAGCUGGCCAAGAAUCAGGAGGCUGCGCAUAAGCUACAGCUUGGGUGGCACGUCCUGCGCAACAGGGCUGAAGAUGAGGACAGCUUGGAAGGUCGAGAUCAAAUCGAAGAUGCAUUCUUCCAGAAGGGUGCUUGGGCAAGCAUUCCCUCCGAAAACCGCGGCAUCGCGAGUUUGCGAAAGAAGCUCAGUCAUGUGCUGUACAGUCACAUUCGCAACAGUCUGCCUGGAGUUAUCAAAGAUAUCGAAACGACGCUCAGAGAGCGACAAGAAGAACUUGAUCGCCUUGGAAAAUCUCGAUCCACCCAAGAGGACCUCAGAUCCUUCCUCCUCGGCAUUGCCAGUGACUUUCAACGCCUUGCCAGAGAUGGCAUAUAUGGCCGAUACAAUGACGAAUUCUUCGGUGGUUUACAAGAUGAUCACCGGAAGUUACGGGCACAACUGCGGAACUUCAGCCGAGCUUUUGACCAUAUCCUUCAGACUAAAGGGUCGACAAAGGUCAUCAUCUCGGACGAUGACAGUGAUUCAGAUGUUGACGACAUUCCUGGGUACCUGGAAGAGUUUCUCAAACGCUAUCCUUAUAACCCUCCUCAGCCAAAGAAAAUCACUACAGUGAAGCUCGGUGAGCAACUUGAAAAACAGGCCGCUGCCAACCAAGGGCUGGAAUUUUCAGGAACGCCGAAUAAGGAUCUUGCGAUGCAGCUCUUCAAACAACAGGCAGCACCAUGGAGAGGCAUUGCUGAGUCGCAUGUCAAGCUUGUGACAACCGUUGCAAAGGCUUUUGUGGAUCAGGUCUUUGAGUAUGUUGUUGGAUCUCCGCGGACGAAUCGAACAACAGAGGCAAUCCUGUCAACCUGCGUCGACCCAUUCUUCGAUGAAAAGGAAAAGGUGCUUCAGGAGAAGAUCAACGAGCUGCUGAGACCUUAUGUUCAGGGUUAUGCACUUCCCCUUGACUUGGAGUUCUAUGGAAUGCUGUCGCAAACCUCAAACAAAAAGCUGGAGAGACAAAUCUCUGCUGUUCUACAGGAGAAGUAUCCGCACUUAUACGAGAAUACCACAGCGAAGACAGGCGAGAUGAGUAAAAAACUUGACUCUAAAACAAUUGCUCAAGACAUAGAUGAGGAAGAUGGCCUCGAAGACAGUGAGUUUGGAAUCAACAAAGUCAUAGACAUGAUGUUGGCAUAUUAUACAAUGUCUCUGCGCACUUUCACCGACAAUGUCAUUAACUUGGCGAUUGAAAGUUGCCUUGUGUAUGAUAUACCAGAUAUCCUCACACCCACAAAGGUAGAUCGAAUGAGUAAGGAAAGGCUUGAGGAGCUGGCCGGAGAAUCGGACGAUACAUCGUCUCGAAGAAAGAGCCUGCAAGAGGAGGUCGAGAUCCUGAGAGAGGGUUUGGCUCAAUGCCGGCGAUAUAAGCCAAGAGCAGUAACACGUGAGUCACACGGCUCAGAACCUGUAUCGAUAUGA